CGGCAAAUGUAAGCGCGAAGAGUUUGAAAUUUUAAAAAUUUGAAAUUCGCGCCUUUUUCUACUGACAAACUUGUUUGGCCGACUAUAAAUGUUAAUGCUGAGUUAAGAGCGUAACUUUGAUUGUAUGGAAGCACUUUAUGGCGGGGGUUUUUGUGAUUUUUACAUUCGUCAAGAAAAGCAAAAAUACGUAGUAAACAAAGUAGGUAAAAUCAAAAUAAAUCGUGAUUAAGUUCAUAAUCAUAAACAUCGAAUUGAUUUGUUCCUGUCUGCUGUGUGUUUACAUUUUUACAAGCCAUAUCAAACAUCAGGAUCUUUGGUACUACUGACUGUCCUUAAUUGAUUUGCCUCGCAGCGGUGCCAGGCGCGCGCUCGACUUACCAUUGGAUUUAUUACGUACUUACUAAUUCCUUAGUAUGUUUACUUUAGGUAUCAAUUCGACAUCGAUUUUAGGCUCAGUUAAGAUAUUAAUUUCUACUUAAAUUGUCUCAGUAAGUCUGGUUAAACCACAAACUACUUUCGCGGUUUGGCUUCAGAACUUGUGUGCCUGCCCCGAAUCAACUAGCAAAGCGGCCGUUCUAAACAUCAAGACAUGUGAAUCUGUAUGUUUUGCUUAUAGCACAAUCGAAUUAAGACCAACUUCGAAAUCUCUAGAAUAGUCAUGAAAUUUGGUAUGUAUAUUAAAGGCCCCUCGAGGAAUCGCAGCCAUCUUCGAAAAUGUGUACCAUCCAGGAGAAAUUCGCGUUUUACUCUAAAUCUUCAUUCUUUAUGAAAAUAUAGUAUAAGGCAACAUUAAAGCUUAUUAAAUUCUGCACAAAUCGUAAAACAAAAGCUUAAUAAAUACUAUCAAUGAUAAAUAUGAUCGGUCCAGCCGGUUUUGGGUUAUUACAAAAAGUCUUCUCUUCUUAGAAGCGAAGGUAUUACUUACUCCCUUAUGCUUGUAAUGUAGGUACAGUUGGGUUCAAAAGUGCAUGGACAAGUUAUGAAUGAAAUCAUUCAUAAAUUAUCCAUGCAAAUUUGAACUUGAUGGCACUUUAAUGAUAUUUACCCCGUUUAGCGUAUUCUGACGGAGUGGUAACUACGGAACCCUAUACUGAGUAUGGCCCGACUUACUUUUGGCCGAUUUUUUAAGAUACAUAAAUUACUAACAGAGCCGCGGGUCAAUGCACGCGCCAGACUCAAAUACUCAAAUACGUACACAGUUGCGUUUGUGAAUGUGCGCGAGCAUUUGUCAAUAUUUGCAAAGGUCGAGCACACAUAACAGAACAUCAGUGGGGCGCUGCUCGUCAAUUCGAACGCUUGUGCGUGUGUUGACGACAAAAUGGAUUGGACGACUGAAAACAUCAUAGAAUUCCUCGAGCUACUACAGACCGAACCCUCUAUAUGGAACCACAGGGCAAGGACUCAUAGAAAUAGAACACUAGUGAGUGAAGCAUGGAAUCGAAUUCAAAAUAACUUCUCUUUGUCGUGUCCGGUGGAAGAAUUGAAGAGAAAAAGGAACAGUCUGUUAACGCAGUACAGAGACAUUUUGAGGAGAAUCAAGGAAUCGCAGCGGAAAGCGUCCGAGGGCGACGGACACGAGAUAUAUAAGCCAUCUUGGUUUGCUUUUGAUGUCAUGAACAGUUAUUUAAGCCAUUUGUACGAAAGUCCUGUCACCGUAAAACCAGAGGAAUUGGCAUCAUAUGACGAAGAUCCGCUGUCAAAUGAUUCUGACACAUACAACGAAUUCGAUAAAUCACACAUUCACAUAGGUGUAGAGAGAAUAAACCCAAACAAACGGUCUGUGGCAUGGGAGCCAAGAAUUUUGCAUACUCGCCGUUUGUCCCAUGAUUCUACCCCUAGCGAGCAGGAUUAUUGCAUUACUAAGAAACAAAGAGCAAUGCACGAAUUAAGAGUCCCUGCUCAAGACCGGGAGUUUCCCAAUGUCAACGAGAGACAUCGUGAACAAGACAACGUAAGAGAAUGUGACUUAUACGGUCAACUAUUAGCCGAGAAGUUGAAACCACUGGAGCAAGAUGAUAGACUGCAGUUGAUGAAUGAGAUUGAUAACCUUGUUUUCAACUACUUGAUGAGAAUAAGGAAACGGAAAGCGUCUCAAAAUAAUUUGUCAGGUGACCAACCCAUGCAUUUGCCUGGACCGUCUAGUAAGAUGCCUACCCUGAAUUUAGUAAACAAUCUUUCAAACGAGUGAUCGGGUUUUUGUCGAGGUAAAUCUGUUCCAUGGUAGAUUGUUCAUAGUACCUAACCUUUUUAAGUCAAAAAUAAAAUUAUUAUAAUUAAACGGCAUUUUGUUUCUUUACUAUUCUCCCUUACAAGUACAAUCCCACAGUUGAAUGAUGAUCCCUAUGAAAGGUACAAAAGGAACCCUUAUGGUGCAACUCUGUCCGUUUGUCAGUCUGUCUGUGACAUUGCUAAAUAUCGCGAGACAUUUUUUUUAAGUUUAGAACAAUCCCUUAUUUAGAAAUGUAACAUUUAAAUAUUCAAAAUAGAGUAAAACAUAUUUUGAACUAUUUUUUAAAUGAAGCCCCACUAAAAGAUACGAACUGUUAGAUUUAUUAUAAUAAUAACUAAAUCAACGUUUCGUGUUAGCUAUUUGGCUUGCAC